AUGACGGUUUCACUUGAGGAAACUGAGCGGAGGCCAUCAUCUGGACAAGAACAAGGUCAAAAAGGAGGAGACAUAAUGAAGAAGCCAUUAGAUGCAGCUGCACAAGGAGGAAGCGAGGUGAUAGGAGCAGUAGGUGAAACUGUAGGUGAAAUCGGACAGACAAUGAUCAGACCAGCAGAGAGAGCCUCAGAACAAGUUCAGAAAGGUCAAGCAGGAAGUGGCUUUAUCGAUGCUAUUGGAGAAACCAUAACAGAAAUAGCACAGACAACCAAAACCAUGGUUGUGGGAGAUGAUGAAAUAGAAUCAGGCUCGAAACAGAACAUUGGAUCAGAGUUUGAUCAUGGCAACCAAGGAGGGUUGACUUAUGAAGUGCCUAGAAGAGAGACCUUUGAAACCAGGAAAACCUGAGGUUUAUGGAGUCGAUAG